GAAGAAGAAGAAGAAGACGAAGCAAGAAGAAGACUAACAACAACGAACAUAGCCGAAGUGGGGCUUUGUUAAUUUGCUGAUUAAAGUCCACACAACCGGAUUGUUUUCUCCAACCCUGUGAUUAUAAAGGGUAGUGUCAUUAGCGCUAGCUUCGUAGCUAGCAUCAACGGAUGGUUUAGCUCAGAGAGUAAUUACAACGACAAAAACGUAUUUGUGGCUUUCUUAGACCUUUGUCAUUUCGAGCUGAAUUAUUUGAACACAUAAAAGAGCUGUGUGUUUGCAGUGGCAAUGGAGGUGGAUAAGCUCAAGAUGAGAACAAAGAAGCUUUUGACAUCCAGGAGGAAGAAACAAAAUAAGAGAAAAACAGAUCCUGACAAAGAAAGAGAAAAUCCGCCCGAUUCUCCAUGGGACUCCGCUCCCUCAACACAUGAAACUCCCAGCAAGGCAACAAAGUUUGAAAAUGGUUGUGACUCCCUCAGUCUUUUAAAAGAUGCAGUUGUAGUUUUGACCAAACUGCCUGAAUAUAAAAUUGGCGCUCUGAGACCCCCAACGCCUCCACAGUUCUACAGUGAAGACGAGUCGUUCAGCAGCUCGGAUUCAGACACGCAGUGGGAAUCAGAGGAGAAUUCCAGCGAUUCGGAUUUCUGGGUCAUAAACAGCAAGCUUAAAUAUUCAAAUUCUCCUAAUUGUGACCUGAUAAGGAUGCCUACAACCAGUCACAACUGUAAUGGUAUUUCCCUUUGUUCACGUGACAAGAUCCGCCCCGAUUUACCCGAUGAAGAAAUUAUUGUUGACAUGAUGGUCAUUGCCCGAAGAAGACCUAUGAGGUGGCAGCGUGGUAAAAUUGUGGAAAUUAUUACAAAAGACGAUGGGCGAUUAAAGUACAAAGUUAGUUUUGAAGAUAAGGGAACAUGUCUCGUAUCUGGACACCACAUUGCUUUUGACAGCAGGCCGAAGGUGGAGCGGCUCUACAUCGGCGCCCGUGUUGUGGUCCGCUGUCAAAAUAACAAGUACCGGUUCCGACCUGGAGUACUAGCCGAGCUGCCCAGCAGGAAAAACCAGUUCAGAUUUUUGAUGUUCAUGGAUGAUCACACACCAGUGUAUGUCGGGCUUCCUUUAUUUCACCUGGUCUGCAGACCAUUGGAGGAUGUUUUGGAUGACGUUCCAGAUGGGGCACACAAGUGUUUUGUGCGACAGUACCUCAAGGACUGGCCCUACCCUCAUUUAAACAAGUACAGAGCUGGACAGAGCUUUAAUGUUGAGUUAAAUGGAGUCAUGCAAAUGUGUGAGGUUGUUGCAGUCGACUGCAGUUUAAUGCAAGUUGUUUUUCAGGAAAAUCAGCGAAGGGAAUGGAUCUUCAGAGGCUCCAUGCGACUGGAGCACAUUGCCAGGCUAUGGGAAGAGCGGAACAAGCAGGAGUCCAAGGAUGAUUCUGACUCUGAUUAAUUUAUAAAUGCAGGUACACAACUCACAAAAAAGUUAAGGAUAUUUGGCUUUCGGGUGAAAUUAAUGGAAAAUGUAAAAAGUUCACGUUGCAGUGAUAUGUUAUGAAAUUAGGGAGUUUGAGAUGAGGAAAUAACCAUUACAUACUUCUAUUUGAACAAUUUAAUGAAACUAAAGCCAACAACACUGGUGGGGAAUGUAAUUAUUUAAUUUGGUCUGUUAAGUGUUGUCUAGUGAAUAUCAGCCCAAUAAGGCGGUGGUAUUAGGACAUUAGAGAAAAGGGUGAAACGAUCUCUGACAUUAUUGAACAGCAUAAACUCUGCACACACAUGGAAUAAAUUCACACAAUUUCUUAAAAUACAAGAAUUUAUUAACAACAAUAAGUCAAUUCAAAGUCAAACAUAUUUAAAUCAA